UGCAACCCCAACCUCACCGCUCUGUCACGGCAGCCUUUCCCUCACGCCUUGCCGGCCCUGUCCAUCCACACACACACCCGCCGGCACCAGCUGUUUCCCGCCCCCCGCCACGCGAAACCGCCGGCGCGCGCUCGACGAAGCACGCAGAGGAGGAAAGGGGCGCCCGGAGGACAGUCGUCCCUCCCAUUCUCCCUCCCCACAGCCGCCACACAAGUUGCGUGUUGACGUCACCCACCUGCUUUAAGGGGGGGGGUAAAAGGGUUCGGUCUCCCGCGCCCGAUCCCCGGAAGUCGCGGCUUGGCAGAGUCUUUUAGAAGAACGUGAGGGGAGAAGCAGCAGCAGCAUCAGCAGCAGGGAGGGCGACUCGUCUCGUCUCCGCUUGGGCGGAGGCAGCAGCAGUUCGGUCGGCAGAAGGAAAGAGGCGGCGGCGGCGGUGGCAGCGCCGCUGGCUGGCUGGCUCUCGUUCGGCGCCUCGUUCGCCCGCGGGAGAGGCUCGGCUGCUCCAUUCCCGGCCAGCCUUGCCCCGUUCUGGGCGUUCUGCCGGGGGGUGUCCUCGCGUUCGCGGCUGGAAUGGUGCUGGCGCUGGCGUUCGGUGCCGGCGUUCUAAGGAGGGAGCAGCCCGAGCGGAGGAGCCGCGAUGGAGAUGCUGCUGCUGCAGCCGUUGCGAUGUACCAAACUGUGUCAGCAGAAACCUCUGGAUCUGAAAGAUGAUAAUACUGAAAAGCACUGUCCUGUUACAGUGAAUCCUUGGCACAUGAAGAAAGCUUUCAGAGUUAUGAAUGAAUUAAGAAGUCAGAACAUGCUGUGUGAUGUGACGAUAGUAGCAGAAGACAUGGAAAUUGCAGCUCAUAGAGUUGUGUUAGCAGCUUGCAGUCCAUACUUCCAUGCCAUGUUUACAGGUGAAAUGAGCGAGAGUCAAGCAAAGAGAGUUCGAAUAAAAGAAGUUGAUGGCUGGACCCUCAAGAUGCUCAUUGAAUAUGUUUACACUGGGGAAAUUCAGGUGACAGAGGAAAAUGUACAGGUACUUCUCCCGGCAGCUAGUUUGUUGCAGUUGCAGGAUGUAAAGAAGAGUUGCUCUGACUUUCUGGAAACCCAGCUUCAUCCUGUCAACUGUUUGGGCAUUCGUGCUUUUGCUGAUAUGCAUGCAUGCACAGACCUUCUGAACAAGGCCAACACAUAUGCAGAACAGCACUUUACCGAGGUUGUACUUAGUGAAGAAUUUCUGAAUCUUGGUAUAGAACAAGUGUGCAGCUUAAUAUCUAGUGACAAACUGAUGAUUACAUCAGAGGAAAAGGUUUUUGAAGCAGUGAUAGCCUGGGUUAACCAUGACAAAGAUGUGCGACAGGAGCUCAUGGCACGGCUGAUGGAACACGUUCGUCUACCGUUGCUCUCCCGAGAAUAUCUGGUUCAGAGGGUUGAAGAAGAGGCACUUGUUAAAAAUAGCAGUGCGUGCAAGGAUUACCUCAUUGAAGCAAUGAAGUAUCACUUGUUGCCGCUCGAGCAAAGAGCUCUGAUGAAGACCACACGGACAAGGCUGAGAACACCAGCCUGUCUUCCAAAGCUGAUGGUGGUGGUUGGAGGACAAGCACCAAAAGCUAUUCGCAGUGUGGAGUGUUAUGAUUUUAAAGAAGAACGAUGGCAUCAGGUUGCUGAGCUGCCUUCCAGAAGAUGCAGAGCAGGAGUGGUAUACAUGAAUGGUCUUGUGUUUGCUGUUGGUGGGUUCAAUGGCUCCUUGAGGGUUCGCACAGUGGACUCGUAUGAUCCCGUGAAGGACCAGUGGACAAGUGUGGCUAAUAUGCAAGACAGAAGAAGCACUUUGGGAGCUGCUGUAUUAAAUGGGCUUCUGUAUGCUGUGGGGGGAUUUGAUGGGAGUACAGGUUUAUCAUCAGUAGAAGCCUAUAAUAUGAAGACUAAUGAAUGGUUUCAUGUGACUCCAAUGAACACAAGGAGAAGUAGUGUUGGUGUGGGUGUAGUUGGAGGUAUGCUGUAUGCAGUUGGUGGCUAUGAUGGUGCAUCACGUCAGUGCCUUAGUACAGUGGAAUGCUAUAACUGUAGUACAAAUGAAUGGACCUACGUUGCAGAAAUGAGUACUAGACGUAGUGGAGCAGGUGUUGGUGUCUUAAACAACUUACUAUAUGCAGUGGGAGGUCAUGAUGGUCCUUUAGUUAGAAAAAGUGUUGAAGUGUAUGAUCCCAGCACCAAUACAUGGAAGCAGGUUGCAGAUAUGAACAUGUGUAGGAGAAAUGCAGGGGUUUGUGCUGUGAAUGGGCUCUUAUAUGUAGUUGGAGGAGAUGAUGGGUCCUGUAACUUGGCAACAGUGGAAUACUAUAACCCAACAACAGAUAAGUGGACAGUUUUAUCAUCAUGUAUGAGUACAGGAAGGAGCUAUGCAGGUCUUACUGUUAUUGAUAAACCAUUGUGAGUUGGUGCAGAUAUUUUUCUCACCUUGAUCAUGCACCAGAAGCAAGCUUGAAUAAGCACUGUUGAAGCGAUUGAGCCUCAAAGCACUUCUGAACUUGUCCACAUUGAGACAUGUUGGAAGCUGUGAUCUGCUACAGUUAAGGAUGAAAAUGAAGAUUACUCUAGGCUGAAGCAAUGUGUAGCAUUAUUUGACAUUAAGCUCAUCUGACUGAGAUGUAGCAAAGUUGUAUGGACCACAUAUCUUAUUUGCUGGACUUUUGGACAAAAACUCCUUUCUUUAAGGACCAAUCAUGUCUCUCAUGGUUGACACUGAUUUUUUUAAAGUCGAAGAUACAGUAGUCUGUCUUGGUGAAAAUAAACGUGUUUUUCUUUUCCUAAGAAAAAGAGAAAUAUUGAUGAAUUGGAGGUGUCCUGGAGGGGUAUUGGUUUAUUACAUUUUUAUGCCUCCUUUUCACUUAUAAGGUACUCAAGGGACUACUAAAACAAAUUAAACAAUAAACCCAUGAACAUUAGAACAGUUUAGAAGGGCAGGUUGGAGAAAUUCACACCCUUCUUAAAAGCUGUGAGAGUGGGAAUGGAUCACAGCUCCGAGAGGAAUGGGCUCCAUAGUCUGGAGAUAACACAUGAGAAUGCUCUCUUCUGUAUUGCCAUCAAGUGGGAAUUCACAGUAUAGCAUCUCUUGAUAGUAUUCUCAAGAGAGUCUCUUAAACAUCUUAACAUCAUGACAUGCCCAUAAUGUAUUAGGUUGUCCCCUAGUUUACUUUAAAAGUCAAAGACAGCACCUUGAAUUAGGCCUGGCGAUGACAUAAAUCUUCCAAUAUCAGACAAAUAUAUAAUCCUGAUGCCAUGCACCAAUUAGUAGUUCAGUUGCAUCAUUUUUCACCAGCUCAGUUUUCUGGACAUUUUCAAAGGUAAGCCCAUAUAAAGUGCACUACAGUGGUCAAGUUGUGGUAAAAUUAAAGCAUGAACCAAGUCAUCUCAAGAAAGGUUGCAGCUGGUGCACCAAGUCAAAUAGUACUAAGCAAAACGACACCUCACCACUGCAGCAACCAAGGAGUCCAGAGAUAACACAGGGCCAAGAAAUAUUUCCAGAUCAUGAACCUGACUCUUCAGGAAGAGUACAGCCUUUUCCAGAAAGGUGCCUACAGACCUUUUUAUUGUCAGCAGUAUCUUUAUCUUACAAAAGUUUUAGUUUCAGCUUGUUCAACCUCAUCCAAUCCAUUACUGAGUUCAAAUAGCAUUCUAAACUAUCAGAUUGCUUCCUUAUAGGUGAUAAGCAGUAGAACUGGUAUUAUCAGCAUAUUAGUGAAAUGUCACUGAAAAUCUUAGAAGGUGCUCUACCCAUAGUUUCAUGAAAGUACUGAAUAAUUAGGGAACAGAAACUUGUGUGACCCCAUAUACCCAAGGCAAAAGUAUGAAAUAGUAAUUUUCCAAACACCACCUUCAGAAUACAGCCGAAUAAGAACACAGUGCUCUCAGAACCAGGCAGUCGUCCAAUCCCCAAUGUAGGUCAUCUUUUUAGGUAACUGUCUUAGUUAUAACCAACUAAAACAGGCCCUGAUAGUCAGGGUCAUCUAGGAAUGUCUGAAGUUACAGUGCAUCCCUUCUUACUCAAGAAUGAUAAAUUUGAGAUUGAUUUAUAGUUUUUCAGAACUCCUGGGUGAAGGAUAGUAAUAAAAGUCUUACUAAUGGAUUCUUUUUCUCAGAGGAGAUGGGCAGUUCCUUCCUGUAAAGAGGGGUUAAUGAUUUUUCUUGACCAAUGCAUUGUUUCUAUCUUGGCAUAUUUAAUCUGCCAGAAAGUGCAAAGGAGAAAUAAGCAGGUGUUUAUCCCCAUUAUUCCAGAUGUUUUCCUUGUGUUCUCAAGAUCCACAAGCUGCAAAUAGGACAAUUAUUCCCAAAGCCCUCAGCCCUCCUACUCCAGUAAUUGGGUUCAAAUGAAGGUGAUUAUGACUGAUUUUGACUAUGAAACAUACAACAAAUCAUUCAUAGAAACUCAUCCACUGCUCCAAAAACCUUUCUCCUGUUCUCGGCUGAGGGACUUGCACAGUUUGGAAAAGUAUUACUGAUAUAUCCUGGGUGGAUGUGAUGAAGGCAUUGAAUUCCUAUGUAUUUCUGAACCCCACCACAGUAUUAUCUAUUGAAUCCUAUGAUAGUACUACGAGCUGAUGUGAGAACCUGAUUGCUUUUCUAAAUCAUUUUUUGGUACAUUACAAUUGUGUGCAAAUUUAAGUGUGUGUAAGUAUCUUUUCCUUAUUUUUUUUCUGGAACUUAAUGAUACUAUUUAUAAUUGAGAUGGUACUUUGAAGUAUGCCAGUUCUAUGUUGUAAAACAGAGGUGUAUAUUUUGAUAUUUACUAGUGCUUUAAAACUAAUAAAUGCUACAAAAAUAUUAAUGCCAAAAUGUUUUUAACUUAUGUAUUGGUGGUCCUUACUUGCUAAGGUCUCCUUUGUUAUGUUUUGUUGGAUCUAUCUUAACUCUGUCAUAGGAGUUAAUAUUUGGCAUGGUCAUAAUGCAGGUUUAUAAUGAAUGUAUGGAGUUCUGUUUUAUUUGCAUGGCAUUUAAAACUAUUCCUGUGUAACUCUAGCUGCUAUUUGUGGCUUUGUACUGUAUGUGGACAUGUCUGUAAAAAUGAAAUAAAAAUUAAUCCCUGGAUGCUUUAAA